AUGCAGCUGUCAGGCACUGUUGCGGGAUGCAUCAAGUUAAGGACGGAGUGUGAGGGGAAGGUGCAGCUGCAACUGCUUAUGAGAGAGUCCCGGAAUCUCAGUGACUUGCUGGGUGGCAAGUUCCUGGAUGCCACAGCUGAAAUAACUGCAGCUCUGAAACCGAUGCAGACACCAAGGGCCUUAGGGUUCCACUGUAGGAACCCCUGCAAUGGCUCUCGCAGCCUGCUCAGCAUGAACAUGGCUUCAGUGUUUCCCAGUAACAAGGCGGCGGCGGCGGCGGCGGGCGGCGGCGACGGGCUGCAGCGGUCCCGGGACUGGCUGUACGAGUCCUACUACUGCAUGAGCCAGCAGCACCCGCUCAUCGUCUUCCUGCUGCUCAUCGUCAUGGGCGCCUGCCUCGCCCUGCUCGCCGUCUUCUUCGCGCUCGGGCUGGAAGUUGAAGACCAUGUGGCAUUUUUAAUAACAGUGCCAACUGCCCUGGCGAUUUUCUUUGCGAUAUUCAUCCUCGUGUGCAUUGAGUCUGUGUUUAAGAAGCUGCUCCGCGUGUUCUCCUUGGUGAUAUGGAUAUGUCUCGUUGCCAUGGGAUACUUGUUCAUGUGCUUUGGAGGCAGCGUCUCUCCCUGGGACCAGGUAGGGUGCUAA